AAGCGUUGCCUACUCUUUGUUUGCACUGAGGAAGUCAGAGUGUGUAUUACAUUGGAUACAAUAGAGGAAUAAAUUUAGCCAACUGCGCUACAACGCUGAUGAUGAAAAAGCAAACAUUGCAUAUGAACAAGCAAGCAAGGUCAGCAGCGAAUUCCCGCAACGUGGGAAAGGUAGCAGGCUGGGGAGAUUAUCGACAGGGUGAGUCUACGAUAGAGUUGAGGAUUGGGGAGAACGUUUUGUUCUGGGAAGCAAUGAAGGGUGUCGGUACAGAACGCGAAAGUGCAAAUUGCUCCUUUCUAAUUGAGUGGCGGGUGGGGAGCCAUCCAUUCACUCCAAGAUGUCCUGCGUGUGGUGGUGGUGAAUAUCUAAGCAUCCGGCCGGUACACAUUGUGGGGAGAGAUAUAGCAACCAAACAAACUUGGCUUCGCAUUGCUCAGGGGUUGCUGCUGACGGGUUGGGACCUUGGUAGAAAUCACACUGACAGUUAUAAAAGAGGCAACGGAAAAAACCUAGGCACCCAGCUGAACCUGGCAAUGCAUGUGGCAGCACUGUCAUGAUCCCCCUCUGGAUUGCUAACAACCUCCGAAUUCACUAUACUGCAUUGGAUGAUACAUGGGCUGCCACUCGCUCUGAUAUUCUGUCUCGGACAGUGGACGCCAUGUUGGGAGCAACUGGGCAUCCGGACGUGUAGUGCCCGCUUCCUGAGCCUCCGAGAUGCUCUUGCAGCAGUGAACAGAACAUCCAACAGUUUUC